CCUACUUCACAAACUCUCACCCAGUCAUCGGUGGAAGUCAACUGAGUCCAGGUGCGUUUCGGUCAAACACAGUCGCAGGUACAGGUACAGGUAGAGCACAGGUAGAGGAGUGACCAAUCACCUUUUUGGAAUUCUACUGAUAAGAGGCAAGUCUGGAGGACUCCCUCUCUCUCUAUCUCUCUCCUUCACGCGCAGGACAAACUCCCAGGAUCAGGACUUAGCCCCUUAUGGAGCACUGCUGACAGGUGUUGCCUGUUCAAGUUGCACCUAACUUCAAAACCACAGCCCCGCAGGGCUCAUUACAUAGAAGUACACACAACACCAAAUCAACACCACCAACUCCCAACCCUUCAGCAGGAGAUUCAAACGUCUGACUGGACUGUAAGACUAAGACUUUUGGGCUGAGUCAGAGAGAGGCAGACGGGCCGGGGGAAACUCCAAAGACCUCAUCAAGCACGCCAACAAAAGCAACAAAACAAGAACAUCAAACGUCCCCACCCAACAACCAUCCCUGAACCAUCAACAUCAUCCAACCACCCAGCGUCACCAACCACCAAUCACCAACACAGAAACUCCUGCUUAGAGCAUUUUCAAAGCUCCUUCACCCCGGCACCGUCCAACACCAUCACUACUAGCCCUCCUCCGCCACCACCAACACCUACACCACCAGCACCACCACCCCUCCGCCACCAUGAGCAUGAACAUCUCUCUGGAGAACCCGUACGGGAGCGUGACCAUCCCGCGCGCCCAGCUGCGCACCGGCGACGACAACAGCACCGUGAUCAUCAACCCCAUGGCCCUGGACGGCACCAGCUCCAACCCGUACGACGCCUACGGCGCGGAGGGCAAGAACGGAGGGCAGAACCCGCCGCCCUACGGAGGAGGGGCCGCCAACGGCACCGGGGCCGGGUCCGAGGGCGGGUACACCAUCAAGGAGGACGAGGAGCAGGUGGGCCGCUGCUACGCCUGCUGCCGCCGCUGCCGACGGAAGUGAAGUGGACAGACACAGGCUUGAUAGUAGAAGAAAAUCCUGAACCUGAAACUUUUCAAAACGUUUGAGAGAGGAAUAACUAAUGAAUAAUUAUUCUCGAUGAAACAGAAAGGAUUUUUGUUUUCAGAUUUUUUUAGGCAAUAUCAAUACAUUUACUUUACACCGAGAAUAAAACCAUGUAGAAGAAAUGGAGAUAUCAAAACCAGAAAGGUUUUUUUGUCAUCCCACCUCCCCUCCACCCCCCCUUAUAAAUCUCACACUGGAUGGAUGGAUAGCCAACCUAUUGUACAGAAGGGCCCUGAGGAUGCUGAGACCUGAGGAUGCUGGUUAAAGCCUGCACCUCCAAGCAGGCCUGCUGACAACUUUGGUUGGGUCGAGGACGAAGUCAUCCCUAUACUGUACAUACAAUGGAAUGAUAUACCAAUUCUGCCCCAAUUAGCUCCCAGUUGCAGCUUCCCUGCAUCCAAACUUCUUUGUUUUCUUUAAUCGUAACGUCUCGGAUCAAUGGGCUAUGAAGAAGGAUCCAUUGAGGCGAAAUGUCGAGUGAGGGUGACCUUUGGAGGACCCGAGAGAGAGAGAGAGAGAGAGAGGCUUGGACAGAGGCACUAUUCUGGCGAAAUUUGAAAGUCUUCAAAAUAGUAACCCACCUUACCAAGGCCAGGUGCAGACCAAAAGCACAUAUCCCACUCCCACUCGCUCUCUUAUUCAUUCUCUCUCUCUCUCUCUCUCUCUCUCUCUCUCUCUCUCUCUCUCUCUCUCUCUCUCUCUCUCUCUCUCUCUCUCUCUCCCCCCCCACCUCUCUCUCUCUGGAUGACAAAGCCUAAUGCCAAAGGCCUGAAGCCUGCAUUGACACUGUAGCAAAAAAAACCUGCAUUUGUUACGUUGAGUACGGCUGAAUACUGUGCCCCAGCAUCAUGUUUUGUUCUGUUGACUUGUAUUCCAAGCCAAGUCCUUGUUGUCCAAGAGUACAAUGCAUUUUUUUUACAGUAUGAUAGUAUCAUACUUGGCAAGGGUGUUGUGUUACGCUUGAUUGAAGGACCUAAAAGGACCUUUUGUGCCUAUACUCAAGCGAAGAACCUUGCCAUUUUUACCAUGUUGUGAGUGUUAAUUUAUUAGUGUGUGAAUAGGGAACUGCAGUACUUUCCGAUGACACAAGCCUGUCAAGGUCUGUCUUCCAUUGAGGCCAUAAACACAAAUCCUGUUGACAUUGGGGCCAUAUUAUUCUCUGGAAAACCAUGACUUAUGAAUGAAUGAAUGUAUGAAUGAAUGAAUGAAUGAAUGAAUGAAUGAAACAGUGAACUGAAAAGAUGUAUGGAGAAUCGGGAUGACUGGAAGCAACGAUGGAAGGCUCGUCUGAGGACGACCUAGAGAGAUGAAUGAAUGAAUGAAUGAUUGAAUGAAUGACGGUAUCUGUUUUUUUUUCAUGCACAAGCGCUUUUGACUGCCUUUUAAGGUUAGAGGUGAAGAAUGAAGGAAUUUUUAAAGCCUGGUGGUUUCUGGGUGUAUCUUGAUGGAUGGGAGGGAGCUUGUCUCGUACCCCCCUCCCCCUCCCACUCCCCCCACUCUCCCCAACUCCCUCUGUCACCUCUGGACCACACCUCUCUGUCAGCCAUUGAAACCAAGCAAUCCACAUGUCACAUACGUACGUACAUACAUCCGCCCUGAGACCAGAGAUCGUCUGCGGGCCGCUGCAUUCCCUUGUCCUUAAAAGGAUGACGACAAGCUCUCCUGAGAGGGCACACAGACACGACUGACUAUCUGGCUGCUGCUGUCAGUGAAGACUCUCAUCCAUCAUUCACACAGCACAGGAUGUGAUUGGGAACAGAGUGAAAUUCGUUAGCAGCUUGCCUGCCUUAGGGGCUCGAUGAUAUUUCAAUUCAAGAUCAAAGAUUGCCUUUUUUUCUGAAGAGGAACAAUGGCGUGAGGAUCUUCAAGUUUCUCACAGUUUGGCUUCGAUGACUACUAGGCUGUAACUGCCAUAUGGACUGUGUUGACUCUGGUACCCCCAAUAGAAUCUGAACUACGUAACACCAAGACAAACUCCAGUUGUGUCAUGUUGUAUCGCAAAGUCAAAAGGCCUCCAUUGCUGCAUAUGACUUAGUCAUAUCACUCUUUACGUAAAAGACUCUGACUAGCUUUCUGCUAUCACACCUUGGUCAGCGAGCCAAACCUACCUGUGUCUGACACACCUGGAGUUCCACUUUGACUGGGGCAUUCAUGAUUGUAUUUGGACAUGAGUAUAUAACAUUAGAGCGCAAUGUAAUUACAAUGUUGUUCACAUGUUGAUAUAAUAAAUUGAAUAGCUUUGACACAAUACAAUCCCAAGUAGAGACUGUAGUUAGUGCUAUUCUACAGUGCAUGCUUAAAGCUGAAUACUAUAAUUAUCUUCUGAAACCGAUUGUUCCAUUCAUUGCUAUGGAUUUCUUAAGAGUACUGCUCACGUAUGACU